AUGCCUCAGCGGCGUCGUUGGGUCCUUGAGGUACAUAUUCGAGAGGAGCAUCCUGGCGUAUCCGCUGAAGAGGUCCUUGGGCCAUCACCACUCACUAAUUCUCGGAUGAGACGGCGAUCUCGAUUAGCCGCUACAAGGUCCGAUGUCGCGCCAGCCAGUGGAGAUGAACAUUCCUCCUCAUCACUUUCCCCGGAUGGCAAUUGCUCGGCUAGGUCUGGCAAGCGUACUAGAACAGUGUCCACAAGAAGUUCCUCUGGUGUGUCUAGAAAGCGAACCCGCCUCAUGGCGAGAUCGAUGCCCCAAGAGAGUCUCAGCCAGGCUGAGGAAGGAGUGGAAGGCCAAGAUACACAACAAGAGCAGGGCCUCGGGAAACAUUGCAAUAGCUUGGAAGAAUGGCAAGCCUGCAAAUUAGACCCAGAUAACUGCGAUUUGGUCCAAGCUGCGGAACCAUUGCUGAAUAGCCUUGAAAACAGUCGGAACUUUGAAGUUGAAGGAGAAGAUGAAGGGGAAGAGGAAGAGGAUGACGAAGGGGAAGAAGAUGAGGAAGAUGAAGAGCAUGAUGAUGAUGAUGAGGAGGAAGAGGGUGAGUGUGAGGAAAGAGAGAACAAUCACGAGGAUGAUGAAGAAGAGUUAGAAACUGAGGAAAAUCGAAAUCCUAGGGCUGAACAUGAAGGCAGGGAAGAAAUUCAAGAAAUGCAAGAAAUACAAGAGCCAGAGGAAGAGGAGGAAGAAGACGAGGAGGAAGGCGAAGAAGAGGAUGGUGAAAGUCAGGCUGAUGGAGAUGGGGAAGGCGAAAGUGAGGUCGAUGGAGAUGGGGAAGGAGACGCGAAUGGAGAUAUGGGCGGAGAUGGGGAUGAAGAUGGGGAUGAAGAUGGGGAUGGAGAUGGGGAUGGAGAUGGGGAUGGAGAUGGGGAUGGAGAUGGGGAUGGAGAUGGGGAUGGGGAUGGAGAUGGAAAUGGAGAUGGAGAGGAGGAUGGAGAUGAAGAUGGAGAUGGAGAAGGGAAUGCAGACGCAGAUGGGGACGGAGAUGUAGAUGAGGAUGCUGAUGGAGAAGCAGAGGAAGAUGAGGAGGAAAGAGGCGAGGUAGAUGAGGAGGAUGAGGAGGAUGAGGAUGGAGAUGAUGAGGAUGACGAAGAUGAUGACGAAGAAGAAGAUAUCGGAGAUGGGGAGGAUAAUGCAAUGCAAAUUAUGAUUAGGGACCAAGGUUCACAAGUUAGGGGGCUUUAUGCACAAGAAGAUCAAAUGAAGCGGGCUCGGAUGAGUUCUGGGCUCAACACCAAUCAGGAUGGGACUCGAUUAGGAUUGAAUUUUAAAGCAGGAAUUUACAAUAUGACUGAGUUUCUACCCGGAUGCAAUGCUGGGCAAGAAGUAGCGGCAUUGGAUGAGCCUUUGUCGCACCUCAUGGACCCGACUGCUUAUCACUCCAAAGGGAGCUUGGUUAUUCGCAUUAAAAUGGAGCAUUCGAGCUUGUAA